CUCAUGUCUAUGUCUACCUCUAUCUCUAUAUCUGCCUCUAUCUCUGUCUCUCUCACCUUAUAUAUAGUGGAUAUGCAUCAUAUAUAUCUGUGAAUACAACUCAGCCAUAAAGAAUGAAAAUUUGCCAUCUGUAACAAUAUGGAUAGACCUUGAAGGUAUUACGAUACAUGAAAUAAGUCAGAUGAAGAGUUAUAACGAUUUCACUCAUAUUUGGAAUCUAAAGACAUAAGAUAACAUAACAAUAAAAAAACAACUCAUAUACAGAACAUAGCUGCGGUUACCAGAGAGGAAGGAGGUUGGGAACUGGGUAAGAUUGUGAAGGGGGUCAACUGCAUGUUGAUGACUGAUAACCAGACUUGGCGAUGAUCACUUUGUAGUGUAUAUACAGACGUUGAUUACAAUGUACAUCUGAAACUGCUAUGCUGUCAUCAAUUUCUUGGCAUAGGCAGUCCUGGAGCAUGCUGCUUGGUAUCUUCCAGAAACUGUGCAAGACUUCAGAAAUGAUGGCUACUGUGGUGUGUUUAGGGUGCAGGAAUUGAGUCUCUGAUCUGAGCCCUCUAGGGAUUCCAGGACCUUAAGUUGAUCAGGAGCAGAAGAGUCACCAGACUUGGGAGUUCUAUGAGUACUCAGAGUCCAAACAAGAGGACUUCAAAAAAGUUUAAAAAGAGAUUUUUUUUCCAUACAAGAGUUCAUGGACUAAUUUCAUACAUACUGCAUUUGUAUUUAUACAAUACUUUACAUUUCACGUAUUUACAUCACACAGAUUUGAUUUGUAUUUCCAUUACCAUAUGAAAUUGAGAGGUGAGAAAUUAUAUUACAUAUAUUACAGAUAGAACCUUUGGGCACACAGAUAUUUGACACAUUCUUCCUAGCACAACGAUAAUUCAUCUUGAAUCUCACAAAGUGUGAUUUGUGGAACAUAUAUGGUUCUUACUGACCAGAAUCAUGGCUUCCAUUGCUUGGCCCUGGAGACCACAGCCUAUACUUUUGGUUUUCUAUCUUUAAAACUAUCUUAAGAACCUGUCUAGAUUCAAGGGUAAAGUUAUUACAGUUCUUAUCAGGGGGAAUAUGUAACUAUUAACCUAUCAGUGAGAGUUAAAUAAUUAACUCAUUGCCUACCCACCCUUUUCUCCCUGGAGGUAAGAAUAGCUGAAGUAGAUCAAACGAAGGAUGAGACUUUUCUAGAGCAUCUCUGCAUCCCUAAUAACUGGCAGGAUAGAGGAGUUUCACUUGUAAAAACCUAGAAACAAACAAGCAAAAAUGUUUGUGGGAAUGAUCUUAAGUAGGUAUUUUUAGUGAAGGAUUAGUAAUGCAGCAGAACACGUUGGAAAGAACUCCAGAUCAGAACACACAAAUUACACCUACUGUUAACAGAAGUUAUACUUGUACUACACCCCCUGGUAAGAACUUUACAUGCAUUAUGUAACUUGAUUCUCUCUAUGUAGACGUACUGUAUGAAGUAGCUACUACUAUCAGCCCCAUUUUAUGAUAAUCCUGAGGCUUGGAGAGGCUAAUUUGUUCAAGGUCACACAGUCAUCAAGUCAUCAGAUUGGUUGAUACCCAUGUCCCAGGUUGUAACCAUGAUAAGUCGUGACUCUGUCAUGAAUUAGUUUUGUUGUUUUCCUUAUUGUCUCAGCUUCUUCAUUAUGCAUAGGAAAUAAUGGUGUGUGUGACUCACAGCGCUGCUGUGAUGGUUGAGUCUGGUCAGGUAUUUGAGAAAAUUUAUGUAUGUCUAUAUCUAAAAUGAAAGUGUUUUGUACAGAGGGAAAUACUCAUGUAUUUAAUUUAUUUUAAUUAAGGUAUUUUACCAGCUAGCCAUGUCAUCUUGAGCAAAUCUUUUAGCUCCCUGGCUUCAGGUUCCUCACCUGGUAAUUGAAGGUAUUGGACUAGAUGAUCUCUAGGUUCUUUCCAGCUCUAAUGACUCUUAAGUUUCCAAUAGAAAGACUACAAUCAUGAGAACAUUAUUGGACUGUGGGGAUGUCAGGGAUGGAUCCAGAAGGGACAUGACAAAGUGGGGCAUGAAAUUAGCAGGGACAAAAACUCCAUGACAACCAUGACUCCAGAGAGCGUCCCUGAGGGUUUUCUCCCUCUAAUUGUCUUUUCUCAUGUUACCUCUGCUCUUAAUAACAUAUUUAAGAGGAUCGCCAGUUGUGGGCAUCUCUCUUGCCCUGAGGGGACAGCCAGUUUCAAAGCCAAAGACUCCCAUCUUGGAGAACAAUAGGGCCUAACUGGAAAAUUCCUUUGGAAAAGAAGUAGUUUUAACCUUUGACAAGAGCUCUGUCUUCUUGGGAAAUCUGGGUCAAGGUGAGAGGGCAAGAUUUAGUGAGAACAGUGGAUUUUGUGCUAUCUUAAUAGCCAUGUGAUUCUUCCAGUAGGACCUGUGUGGAGCAAGGUUUUAUGGUCCUCAGUCUCCCAUUCUUCACCUCUUCCCUCUCCCAUCCUCACUCCCACACUCUCCCCGGUGGGCUCUUCCUUGGGUUCUUUUCACCUAUAGAAUGUCUCUGACCUUCCUUGAAAAGAUUAAUCUCUACUCUAAAAUAUCAGGGAUCAUUCUGGGGUGAGAGAUGAAUGUUGAGUUCCAGUUCUGCAAUUUCUUAUGGAUGUGAUCUUAAGCUCUGUUACCUUCUGUUCUUUCACCUGUAAAGAGGGAGAUAAUGAGAUCAUUUAGAAUCUAAUGAGACAAUGUUUAUAAAGCCUAACAAAUUUUAGAAGUCAAUAAUUGAGCACUGAAUUCAAAAUAGCAAUUACUGCCUUUCAGGGGAAUUUCCUAAGAUCACACAUUCUUGUCUAGAUUUUCCAACUUUGACCAUCCCAAGGACCCUUUUAAUUUAAUUUUUUUCCUUGAGGAUUAUGUUUUUGAAAAGAUACUAAUUUAUUUUCCGUUUACAUAAAUAAUUCGGUUUAUAAUUUCUGAGUAGCAAAAGGCAAGCUGUUCACUAAGUAAUGACAUGAGAAAGUACUCAAGUACAAUUCGACUGGCUUUUUGAAAUACAUCAAAUAGCUCUCCAUGGCCUUCUUUGGAGACCCUGGGAGUCAGGAGGCACCAGUGUUGGUAACACAGAUAUCAGAAAUGCCCCACUCCAGACAUAGGUAGUUGUUAGUCUAACUAUCUCUUUUAACCUUUUUGUAAAACUUGCUCUUCAUUCAGCAACAUCUUGGCUUUCCUAACCUGAUUUUGUACCCUGCACAAUCUUAUAAACUGGCCAUGUCUUUUAGUUAUCAGAAUUUGAAAGGUUUUGAUUAGUUAGAUGCACAUAGUAAAAUGCCUAAUUAAUAUCUACAUCAGUCACCUUUUCUUUUAAUUGUCUUGGAGAUGGUGAACACACGCAAAAACUUAACCAAAGAGAGUUAAUAUAUUCAGAAUUUUUCCCUUUUCCUAUGACUUACCGAAGUUUAACCAGGUAUAUUUUAUCAUGAGUUAGUAAACAGUCUACAAUUCCUUAUCUUUUUUGGGAGUAUGAGUUACAUAAAAUACUUUUAGUUCUGGUUACCUCUGUUAACAAAAUGUAUUAAGAAAAUGAAGUUUUACUGCAAAUGAUUGAACAGGAGAUUGACUUAUUUUCACAGAAUCAAUCAAUUAUGUUAGUGUAUUGGGGGAUGUUGUUCACAGAAGUUCAUAUUUGGAAAAUAUUUUCAUUGACUCUAACUCAUCUUGGAUAAAAUAGUGGAGAACUAAUAUUGGCAACACUUAUUUUAAGAGUAAACAGAAAGAUUUCCCAGUUCCUAAAACCAUAAUUGAAAUGAAAUAAGAUAAUUUUAGUUUUAUAUCCAAAAGUGGGUGAAAGAACCAUUUGUUCAUCAUGUAUUUAUUCAGUUAUGCCAACAUUAGCAUACAAGAUGCUUAUCACUCAAUAGUGAAACAUCUCCACUGUACCAUGUACUGUACCUAGUAUCGUCACCUCAAGAGUACUUGGUGGUGGUAAAACACAAAAAGUGGCAUCAGAAGUUCACAGCCAACUGGAGGAUAACAAAACACUACGAGAUAGAAAUAACUAUAGUCAUUGAUUGACAAUAUUCUUGAGUCUAGCACAGAGACCAUCUAAUUUAGAAAAGAAUUGUGUGAAGUGCUCCUUGACCUUUCAGUAUUCAUUUUGCCUUAUUUUUCUUUCACAGAAAGGAAUGAUAAUGGGGAUGAUAAUUGCUACCAUUUAUUGAGCCCUUACUGUUUGAAGCCCUUUAUGUCAUUCAGUCCUUGCAGCAGUCAUAUGAGGUAGUGUUAUUAGCCCUGUUUAUAGAUGAGACAACUGAGGCACAGAGAGGUUAAUUAAUAACUUGUGAAGGGUGACAUGGACAGUAGGUAAAAUGCAGGAAAUUCUGAAAGUCUGUUUUAUUUGUCAUUCUCACUUUCUCCAUCAUUUGCCCUUCCAUUCUCCCUUUCUUUCCCAAUCUGUGCUUACUAUUAAGGAUUUAUAUAUCUUAAUAACUUAUUUCUUAUUUAUAGGAGUUGUGGAAAAUUGAUCAAAGACAGAAACAUUUAAGGAAGGCAAUCAAAAUCAUACCAGUCAUUACUUUUGACGUUUGUAAUUGGCUCACAUGUUGUGUGGUUUGUGUGUGUGUGUGUGAGAGAGAGAGAGAGACAGAUAGAGAGACAGAGAGAAAGAGAAAGAGACAGAGAUAGAGAUAUUAUAUAAAACAAAUUUUUUUUUCCUCCAGGAAGGUGGAAACAUCUUCUGCCCUCAGUAGUAAAUGUGAAUUCCCCAUCCCUAUUUAUAUUAAGGACAUUACUAUAUUGUCUUUUUUAUCUUUGUAACUAUUUUUCCCUCAUCAAUUGUAUUUCAAAAGUAUUUUACAUAAGUGAAUUUUUCUGAUGCCAAGUUUUUAAGUGUUAGUUCAUAUUUUUCUCUUGUAGUUUCUGUUUUGGUGUUGUAUUUCAGGAUUUUUUCUGCAUACCGAAAUUAUAUAAAUGCAUUACAAGAGUUUAACCUUUAUCAAUUUAAAUACUUACCAUUUGUUAACUCUUACCAAAUUUCAAUUUUUCUAAAAUUUCUAUAUAUUCUUUUGACCCAUCUAUUUUUAUAAGAAUAGUGAGUUAUCAGUGUUUAUAAUAUUUUUAUUAUUUGAAAGUUCAUGUCUUUUUAAUUAUUUACCUUUUUUCAAAAAUUUCUUUACUGUUCUCAUUGAUUUAUUCUUUCAUCUCAAGGAAGGACAGAUUAUUUAUGGAGCAUAGGCCAUAGCUGCAAUCUAUUAUGAAUCUUCAGUAAGCCAUAAUAUGAUGACUAUAUCAAUAAAAAAUAUGAACUAUAGCUAUAUAGUACUUGGUAAUUGAAACUAUUUACUUUUUCUCUGUAUCAAGGCCCAUAUAACUUGAUACUAGUUGUCAAUGGACCAAGUAUACUCAAACUCAAGCAUCCUAAAUAGAAAAUUAAUUAUGUGGUUUGUGUCUUCAUGGCCCCAGGUGGUUUGAUUUGCUUCCACAUGAGGUCCAAAUCUACAUUUGUCUAGAGAUAAUAAUUCCUGAUAGUCUACAAGGCCAGUGAUAUCUCAGGAAAUAUCUCAAAUUAACCCAUACAACUCUAACACUGUUGACAUUUCUAUCCAUGGAAAUAGCUGUCAUUCAUGGUUAUCUGUAAGCAAUCCAGGAUAAUAGUAGCCAACACAUAUAGAACAAUUACUGUGUUCAGAUGUGUGCUCAGCAUCCUCAUGAGUUUUCUCAUAAACCUCCUAGUAACCUUAUAGUCCAGGGGCUCUUAAUGUUCUCACUUUAUUUUGAGCAAGUCAAUCUUAGUGUGUUUGAGCUACUUGGACAAGUUCAUAAAGUGGGAGGGUAUCAGACAAAACUCUUAAAGUCUGAACCUUUAACCACAGUACCAUGCUAUUUCUCAUGUAGAAAAAUACCUUAAAAUUGAAAAAAAAAUGUUGGGGUCAAUAGUGAGCUAUCCUAGCCUCCUUUUGGAAUACUAAGUAUGAAGACUUCCCUAAGAAGAUGUGUUCCAUAACUUUAUUGGGCACAUAUGCUAUGACUCAAGAAAAUAUUAUCAGAGUAAAGUUAUGAUAUAGUUUUCCAGGCCAGUUGGAAGAUGAUAUGUCAAAUAUAUUUGCAUAAAAAUUUGUGAAAUCAUUACAAAUUGGUUAAGUUACUUUUCUUAAGGGUAAAAGAAUAAAUUUUAAAAAUUUAUCUAGAUCACUAUCUGGAACUGAACGGCUAUUUCAGUUUUAAUCUGGAGGUGAUGCCACUUAUGCUCUUAUAAAGCAGAAGUUCUAUAAUAAAUUACCAAAGGCUUUUUAAAAAACUUUCAAUGAAUGAUCUCUGUAAGAAUCACAGCAUUUGUUUUUUUAAGUUCUCACAGUUGAAAAUAUCUCUGAUUUUCAUGAGAUUUCAUGAAAUAAUUGAGAAACUAAAACACUAAAGUCAUUUCUUGAUAAUUUGAGAUGAAAAGCUGGGGUCUUCUCAUCAGGACAGUGAGGCAUUGUUUGCUUCUUUCCCAGUACUCAGUGGAUGGCACAAGUGAGCAGUGUAAUGCUGUCAUUUCAGCUGAGUCAGCAGAACAUUCUCUGUUCUCUGAUUUAGAAGCACCAAGCAAAUGGUUGGGGGAGGAAAUAUUACAGAGGUCACUUAUUUCAUCCUUUUGGGAUUCUCUGAUUUCCCCAGAAUCCUAGCAGUGCUCUUUGUUGUAUUCCUGCUCAUCUACAUUAUGACUCUGACUUGGAACUUGUGCCUCAUCAUCUUAAUAAGGAUGGACUCUCACCUCCACACACCCAUGUACUUCUUCCUCAGUAAUCUGUCCUUCAUGGAUAUCUGCUAUGUGACCUCCACAGCCCCCAAGAUGCUCUCCAGCUUUUUCCAAGAGCAGCAGACUAUCACCUUUGUGGGUUGCACUGUUCAAUACUUUGUGUUUUCAAUCAUGGGACUGAGUGAGUCUUGUCUCAUGACAGCCAUGGCUUAUGACCGAUAUGCCGCCAUUUGUAAUCCUCUUCUCUAUUCAUCAGUCAUGUCACCCACCCUGUGUAUUCGGAUGGUGCUGGGGUCCUAUCUGGCUGGACUCUCUGCUUCUGUAUCCCAAUUGUGUGCCAUACUUCAGCUUCACUUCUGUGGGCCUAAUGUCAUCAACCACUUCUUCUGUGACAUGCCCCAGUUGUUAGUCCUGUCCUGCACUGACACUUUCUUUGUGCAACUCUUGACUGCUGUAUUAACAGUGAUCUUUGGGAUAACAAAUGCCUUCAUCAUCAUGAUAUCCUAUGGCUAUAUUGUCAUCUCCGUCAUGAAGAUCACUUCAGCUAAAGGCAGGUCCAAGGCUUUCAACACCUGUGCUUCUCAUCUGACAGCAGUGUCCCUCUUCUACACCUCAGGUAUGUUUGUCUAUUUGAGUUCCAGCUCUGGCGGCUCCUCCAGUUUUGACAGAUUUGCAUCGGUUUUUUACACUGUGGUUAUCCCCAUGUUGAAUCCCUUGAUUUACAGUCUGAGGAACAAGGAAAUCAAAGAUGCCUUGAAGAGGCUGCAAAAGAAGAAAUAUUCCUGCUGAGGUCCUGUACAGAUUUGUCCUAUCAGAAACCUUAACCAUCGAUAAUAUGCACAUGAAUGGACUGUAACAAAAUUCAUACUACCUUUGGAUAAAGAAAGCUUAAUUUGACAAAGAUAAUAUGCCAAAUGGACUGACAAGUGACUUGAUUCCACACAAACACAAUACGUUUGAGUCCUGGAGAUUCAUACUUUCACCCUACAUGAGGGGUGGCCUCAUCAUUUAUCAGUAAUUUUCAAGUAUUUGUAAAAUGUUAAGGUGUAGAAACUCAUUACUUAUUUUUGCUUUGGAGAUUGAGUCCUGCUGUCUCAGCCCUCUGAUCAUAAAGGAGCAGUACGUGACAGAGACCCCCAGGAGUGUAGAGAUUAUGUCUUCAAAUAUUUUGAUGCAGCGUAAUCCAGACAUGAUGGUGAUUGAUGUUUGUUCUGUAUUGCUGCCAUAGUGAGAAUAAACGCACACACAGAAUGUGCCUUUGAAAACAGAUAAAGCUAUACAAUUAGCUGGUUGAGUUUCCUGGGAAGAGCAGUCUGAGAUAGCUAAUGUUUGUCUAAGGCCUCUUUCAGGGCUAAUCAUCCAAUAAGUUUUUUUCACAUCCAGUCUCUACCAGCUAUAAUCUUAUGAAGGAAAAGUGAUUUGAAUCAUACGAGGAUUGGAAUGAAGGAUGUAGUCCCUUCAGUACCAUUUACUUAGGAGUUUCAUGGUUUACUUUCUUGCUUCUAGUGUUGAGUGGGUGUUUCUUAUGGAAGAUGAUGUUCAAAAUCCAUGUCAGAGCCGAUAUCAGUUUUUUAUAUUGUGGGACUCAAGCCUCUUUCUCCCAUUAAAUGUGGAAAAUUUACCCUUGUCUGACAUAGCCAGUGUUUCACACUACUAAAUCAUUUCUGUUAUUUCAAGCAUCUGUUUAUGUUUGGUAUGAGGAGACUUGCAUGAAAAUUCAUUGUAAGAAUAGAGUUACUGGAUAUUAAAUAUUGCAGACUAAGAACAAAUAUGGGAAGUUGGUAUAUAUUCUGUUUAUUGUCCGUGUUGAAUAUUGUAUGUCCUAGAGAUUUAUGGUGUUGUAUGGGGUGAUGUAAUGUGUGGAGUAGAUGGUUAGAGUUACUCUAAUGAUGAUACUUUCUAGGAAGCCUCAAGAGCCAGAGGGGAAAUAAU